AUGCCCUCCUACACCCGUUAUCGCGCUCGUGGUGGUGGUGCUCCACCCGCUACCGCACCAGGUCUGGCACGGCCAAGUGCUAGGAACUUGCAAUCAAUUUGUACAGUCUCUUUCGACUCGACCUCCUUGACUCCAACCUCUCACCCUGGACGAAAAAGCAGGCAGACGGUAAAGCCAUCGAUGUCGCAAUCAAACUCGAAUACACGCAAACGAAUUCGCCGUUCGAAUCAAGACGCAGAUGAUACUAGCGAUGAGGAAUAUCAUACUGAAGACGAAGACACCUCUGAAGAAGACUCACAUCAAAAUGAUUUGGACCCCGACAUUCAACUUCAACUCCAACCCACUUGUUCCAGCACCAAUAUUCAACCUACCGAUGACGAUGAAGAAGUUGAAGAUGAUGACCUCAUGCGACGUCUUGAUAAUCAGUUUCAGCCCAUACCCGGACCAACCAAUCGGCGAGCUUCUAAUCGUAUCGAGAGACAAGGUCUUGCACGAACUACUGGCCCAAACCAACAAGAACAAGCCCCUACUGAUGGAGAACAAGUCUUAAUAUUACCGACUCUCAAUAAUUAUAAGUCCAAACUGGACAAAUGGCCACCCCAUCGUAUAGCUGUACAUGAACGAUCACAGAUCAAAAAGGGUACAGCAGUACCACCCAAGAUUUUGAAGGAAGCUCAAGCUAUUUGUAAAUUAUACAAACACCAGAAGGCUAUGCUUGCACUAAUGGGAAACAUCAGUAAAUUUACCCUUGAAAAAGCACUAGGUGAACUUGGUGGAAGACGAAAAACUGGAGGUUAUCAAUUAUGGAAAAGGUACAGUAAGGAGAUAGAUAACCAUCCAAUGCCACCUAAAGGAGUCAAAGGGAUUCUUGCCAAAAGAAACCGUGACCUUGGGAAGAUCUGGACAGCCCUUCCGGACGAACAACAUGAACUUUUUCAUCCCUCAAUCUUUUACCGUCUUUCUGGUCUCACUCCCCCUCCUAAUGAAAAUUCCGACGACGAAGAAGAAGAUGAAGACGUGUUUCCUCUCAAUGCCACAGAGCUAGCUGAUGCUCAAGUUUUGUACGACGAGGUUGUAAAUAAAGCAAAGGUGGCCAAGGAUUUCGCAAAGGCUGCAGCUGGCAUACCUCAAGGACCCAGCUUACCCGAUUACAACCAUCAAUCACUCAAAUGUAUAGAGCGUCUUCACACUCAGUUAGAAAACGAAUCGAACAAUAUGAAUUUCUCUUAUUAUCUCCUGGCUUGUAGCACUUAUGCUUCGAGCGAGAGUUCCAACGCGGCCCCAGGCUGGUGCCGAGAGUUCACCACACACGAGGAAAUGGCACUAUAUGUCAAUAAGAAAAGUAAUUUCGCCACGGUAUUUGGAGCACGAGCUCAGGGACUUUUGGUUUCGGAGGUGGUAGCUCAAACCAUCGGAGGAAAUGUGAUGUUGUCCAGCGAAAAGGCCAGGAAAACCGACCCUGGUGAUAAGGUCAAGGGCGACCUUGCUUUAUUGCUACGAGCCAUGUUCAGUGCGCUGACUGGGAAAGAACAAGGCUUUCCACGUUGUCCUGACCCAGAAUCUCUCUUACUUGACACUUACAACAUCAAAGUAGUCCAAAUGCCCGGUUCAACCCUGCCAAAAGAUGUUUUGAAGCUAGGUUUUAAUGGAAUGAACAGCCGUAGGAGUCUGUGGCUUAGUGAUGUGCAGAAGAAUCUAUUCAGAUUGGAAAAGGUGACACCUAACUCAGAUGUCGCAGAUUCAGACACCAGAGGUAACCAGUUGAAUGAGGAUCUUGAUUUUCAAGUUACGAUGACCCAGGACAAUGACAAUGAUCUUGAACACAAUAUGAUGGAGGCUUUUGAGGAGGAGGAGUGGAAUGGCUUCGGUGAUAUCGACAUGGAUGAAUGA